UGCUGUAAGGCGUGUCUGACUGCCCUCCAUGUGAUACUGAUGGGAGGAGGGCUCCUAAAAGUGAACCUACAGACCCGUUUCAACAAUUUCCAAAGCAGACAACCCUCGGGACGGACUGCAGGGCGCAUUUACACGAGCUGCUGGAUACCUACUUCCUUUUGAACUCGUUAUUUGACUAAGAGUGGAGAAACAGCGACGUUAUUCAUCAUGGGAGCGACACCAUCCGUGCAGCGGGACGCGAAGAGCCCUGAAGAAGCGCCAGAGGACAUCAGCGCGGAGCUCAGCGACACUCAGGAUGGAGAAAACGGAGACGGCAAGCCUCUUCAGAAGAAUGAACAGAUCUCCAUUUCCAGUCUUAAUGGGAAGACAGAUGAUCAGACAGAGUAUAAUGGCCACACAGAUGAGAACCCACCAGCUGAGGCUGGCCAGACGGACACCAUCACCCAAAAAGAAGACAACCCUGAAACAACUGAGGUGCAUCAAGAAGAGGUUGUCCCUCAAGUUAAUGGAGAGAAAGGAGACGAUUCUGCAAAUGUAGAUGAAAUUACAGCUACAGAAGAGAAGGCAGUAGAGGAAAAACAAGAGGAGGCCAAUGAGGUGGACUUCAAGAAGAUCUUCCGGUUUGUUGGAUUCAAGUUCACACUGAAGAAAGACAAGAAUGAGAAGACUGAGCCUGUGCAACUGCUGACAGUGAAGGAAGCAGAGAGUGGUGCAGAUGCAACUUCUGAGGAAAAGAAAGAGGAACCUUCAACAGAGGAAGACAAAUCUGUGGAAGACAAAUCACCAGAGAUUACAGAAAAAGACCAAGAGGCCACGACUGAAGAAGUGAUUGAUAAGGCUGAAGAACCAGCAGACCAAACUGUAGUUGAUGUCCCAUCAGAGACUGAAAAGGCCAGUGAGGAGGUGACUGAAAAAUCUGCUGAAGAAAUAGGGUCAAUAUCAGAGAAAGAACCAGAGCCAGAAGGGCCAACUGAAUUGCCCACAAGUCCACUCUCUCAAGAGACACAGAGUCCCUUUAAGAGGUUUUUCACUCAGGGAAUCUUUUCUAACCUUCGGAAGAAGGCAAGCUUCAAAAAGCCCAAAGAUGAGGAACAAGUCAAGGAUAAGUCUGCAGAGGAGGACAUUAAGGAAACUGAGGAGACAGCAGAGGGUGCUAUUGAGGGUACAGAGGAAGCUAAAGUGGAUGCAGAGAAAGAACCAGCUGAGGGUGAGCAGAUAGAGAAACCUUCUGAAAAGGUUGAAACUAAAGCUGAAAUGACCACUGUAACAACUUCCACUGAGACAGAAGAGCCACAAGAUCUUAAGGUGGAAGCUGAGGCUGCAAGUGAAGCUGAAACUCUGACUCAGACUGAGACUGCUGAAGCUCCAGCUGCUGAAACUGCUGUUGAAGCUCAAGCCACUGAUGAUUCAAAACCAACAAUUGACAAGCCAGAUGUUUCAGAAGCGGUGACAACUGAAGCUGAAAUCCUGUCAUCUCAGGAGAAAUCCAAGGCUCAGGGAAGCCCACUAAAGAAGCUGUUUACAGGAGCAGGACUAAAAAAGCUGUCAUCCAAAAAGCAGAAGAGUAAGAAAGAAGCAAAGUCAAAGCAAACAGAAUCAAGUGAACAAGUUUCUGAAAACAUCCAGUCAUCCACUGAGUCAGCUGAGCCCCAGAAACCUGACAGUGGAGCAUCGUCUCCAGAAGAAUCUGGUGAGCAUCUUGAAGGGGAGGUAACUCAAGCUGAGGUAGCUCAAGCUGUGGAGACUAAUGGUGAACCAGUCACUUCUGAUAGUGAGAAGAAGAAAGAUGGAAUUUUACCAUGGUCCUCUUUCAAAAAACUAGUCACUCCAAAAAAACGUGUCAAAAGGCCCUCUGAGAGCGAAGAUGAAGCGCCUGGAGACAAACCCAAAUCUUCUACCCUAUCUUCAACUGAGAGUGCCAUCUUUGAUGAGAAAACCGAUGAGCCUAAACCUUCUGAAGAGGUACCAUCUGAGUCUAAAGAAGAGUCACAGACAGAAUCAAAGGCUGAGCCAAAAGUUGAGGAGCCUGAACCAGUUGCAGAGGAACCAAAAAGAAAAAUGGAUACAUCGGUGUCCUGGGAAGCCCUUAUUUGUGUGGGAUCAGCUAAAAAAAGGGCCAGAAAGACUUCUGAUUCUGAUGAUGAAGAACCUAAGAUUGAGGAAGAAGUGCAGCAGUCAGGAGAAGAGCAGACAAAGACCGCCGAGGCCCCUCUUGUAAGCUCUGGUGAAGCUGACCAUGAGAAUUUGGCUUCUUCACCUGAACCAGAGGAAGAACUUGUGUCUACCUGGGAAUCUUUCAAGAGGCUGGUAACCCACAGAAAGAAACCUAAAGCAGAAGACAAGGCUGAUGAGGCCUCAGGCCCGGAGUAUACAACAUCUGACAGUGAAGCCCCCAAAGAAGAAUCCUCUUUCUCUUUGAGGAAAUUGAUUCCACGCAGGAAGAAGAAGUCUGAUGGUAAACAAGAGCAGAUCUCUUCUGACAUUGGCUCUACAGAGGAUGAUUCUGACAUUCCAGCUGUGGUGCCUCUUUCAGAAUAUGAAAAUGAACCAGCUGCAGAAGUUGCUGUUCAGGCAGAGGAAGUGAAGCAAGAAUCUGCACCAGUCACUCAGGCAAAAGCCUCAGCUGAGGAUAGAUCCCCAUCUUGGAUCUCAACCACUGUGGAAAAUGUUGAGGAUGAAACAGAGGGAAAGCAAUUGAGUGACAUACCCGAAGAAGGAGACACAGCUGCCACACCCAAAUCAACUGAUAACACUAUUGCAGAGGACAUUGUUGAGCUUACAUCAGAAGCAGUUACGGCCCUUGAACAAGUAGAGGAGACUGAAAUGGAUUCUGCUGUAUCACGUGUUACAGCAUCACCAGUUACAUCAGGUGAGACAACUCCUGUCCCAGCUGAUGGCGUAGAGAAGACCGAUGUAGUACUACAAGAAGCUGUGGAAACUUUCAGCGUUACCACAAAUGCCAUGGCUGCCACCAUGACUAAUGAACAGGAAAACAUAGCUGCAGUCACCACUGAUGCUCUUUUGGUCGAGUCAGCUAUCAAGGAAGAGAAAACAGUCUUGGUUGCACAUGAGAAAACAGAGGCAAUUGCUGUUUGCACUGGCCUUGACACUAGUGAAAUAAAGGCGGUGGAGGAAGAAAGCCUCACUCAGAAGGCUUCAGUAGAGUCGGUAACAGUUGUUAGCCAGGUGCUUGUCACAGAGUUGGCUGUUGAAGACAAAACACAAGAGCCUGAAAAGGCCAGUGUGACUGAGGAUGAGGUUCAUGAGGCUCAGAUGAGUGGAGGUCAGACAGAGCUCAAAGAAAAUGCUGUUGAGGAGAAAACACAGUUUGAAGAAAUAAAGGAGAAACCUGAGUCUGUGACUGAUCUCCAAGAUGUAGCAGCAGUCAAAGUAGCGCUCAUCAAUUCUGUACAACAGAAACCAGAGUUUCUUGAAGAGCCGGUGGUGGCAGAAAAAUCCCCUCAGGUUGAGGCUGCAGGUCCUGUGGAACCAACUGUUGAAGAUUCAAUCUGUGCUCAAACUGUAGAAGUCACUGAAGUUGCUGUUGCUGAAGGUGAGAACGUGCAAGAAAUGGAGGAUGUUAAAGACGUUAAAGCCACAGUUGAGGUAGCGUCUGUGGAGGGAGUUGCCAUGGCUGUAACAGAGGAGGUCAUGGCAAACCUUCCAGAGGUGCCUGCUUCUCAAACUGCUGGGUCUACAGAAGAUCCCAUUUCUGUUAUAGCCGCCACUGAAGAAUUUGCUAUCAUGAAAGAGACUAUUUGUGUUAUAAGCUCAACAUCUGAGAUGACAGAAUCCCAUUCAGCAGAUCUAGCUCAUGAAACUGUUAUGGAAAGGGUUCCUCUUGUUCUUUCCACAGGUGACCACAAAAUCCAGGUUAUAGUGAAUGAUGCUGAGGUUGACUCUGCUCAAGAAAUUGUUGAGGCAAACUUAGAAAUAACCUCAACAAAAGUUAGGAUUGUGGUUGAGGAAGUUAUUGAGAAUGUGAAAGAAGAAACUGAAGUGAUCCAAGCAACCCGAGUGACAGAAGCAGAAAUCAUUGAGAGAAAGAGCAGUGUUAUUGUGCAAGAGGUCAUUCAAAAUGUUGUAGAGAACCUUGCUGAGGCACAUGCAGAACAAAAAGUGUCUGAGAAGACUACUGAGGAGGUAGAACGCUGUACCACAUCAGUAGAUGUCAAAUUUGAAGAGGCCCCAGCAGUUUCUGGAAUGAUUGAAGAAAACCCUUCAACAGACGUCGUUUUGGUGGAAAAAGCUCCUCUAGAAACAAGCCCAGAGAAGCCAAAAGCAUCUGACGAUAUCUGCAAAGAUGAUGAUAAACAAAGUCACAUUGUCACUGAGAAAGCAGUGAAAAGAGUUAACGACUCCAUUCUGAUUACAGAAAAAGUUAUGGUUUCCAUCACAGAUGAAAUCCAACCUCAAAAUGAGGAGGUUGCCACAGUCUCUGUGGAAGAUGUGCAUCAAGAAACAGAAGUAACAAAAGGUGAAGUCGAACUUAAGCAAGCAGAAGAGAAAAAGUUUAGUGGAACCACAGAAAGUGAAGAUGGAAAAAGUCAAGUUGAAUCUCAUCCCAAGGAAGUGCCAACAGAAAUCCAGCAAGAGACACAAGCUUCAGAGGUUUCUGAAGCCAUAUCGGAAGAAAAGAUGACAGAAACAUCUGUUACAGGUGCAAGUCAAGACCAGAUUGUGGCUGAGCAGUGUCAAAUGGCACAGGAGGUACAGAUUGAGACUGCACAGGAAUUUAAAGUUGGUGUCAUAAAUGUCAUAAAUGCAGAUGAUGUACCUGUUCAAGACCCGGGGACAAACAUGAAAGAAGAAAGUUCAGAGGGUCAGGAAUCAGUAGAAGACAAGCCUCAAAAAGACUUGGAAGAACCUCAAACGGAGGUUUCAACACAGGACGCGACAAACCAGGCAGAGUCCAGAGAUCCAGAUUGCCAAAAGACAGAUGCUGAAAAUGUACCUGCCAAACUGGAGACUGCUACUGAGAAGACAGCAAAUGCCAUUACAGUGGAGGAGGGAAUGGAGGAGGUCAGGAAUGAGAUCGAGCCUGUCUCUACAGGGGCUGUCACAGUGUCAUGAGCAGUCUGCAUGUAGAAAGCAGUCACAUGACUGGGGCACAGAGCUUGCCGGAAAGCAGAAAGUGAGUGGCAGCCAUGGAGGACACUAAGAGACAGUGCUCUGUACCAACUCCCAGAGCAGGAGACUCGAGGCCAAUCUCCCUUCUCUCUCUCUCUCUCCUUAAAUCCAUCCAUUCACCCCUCUUUUCCUUUUUCCAAAUUCCUUAUAACUCAGCUGCCAUGUCACGAGGUCUCGCGCCUCACUGGACUCACUGAGGGAUGUCCCCUACUCCCACUUUCCUGUAUUUUGCCAAAUUGCAUCAGAUGCCAUUUUCCCACCUGCAACUUUUUUGAUGAACAUUUUCUUUUUUUAUUAGUUGUCAGCAGCCUGUCGAAUGGAGAGAAUAUUGUAUGAGCGAAUGUGUGUCUGUGGUGUUGAAGUAGGUGGGUUGUUAUUUUGUAUAUUGUAUUUAAAUCUAAAAUAUUCUCUCAACCCUCUCAAACAUGUUCUAACCUUCUUAAAAAACAUUGAAAUCGAUGUCAUGCUGGUGUAAAACUACAAAAUAUUAUUUAGACAUGUCAUUUUAACAAACAUGGUACAGAUACACCCUCUACAGCUAUAGCAAAUGAAAAAGCGCAUAAUAUGCUGUGGCUGUAAUGUGAAAAUGACAUAAAAUUCAGUUAACUCUGAAACACAAUGUCCAGUCAUUAUCAUCUCCAUUCUCACUGUAGAUAUACCACUUCGUCCCUUACUGUGAAAUGUUGUCUUUUUAUUAUGUAUAUUUAUCAUGUACAAUCACAAUGAACAAUUUCACCAUUAAUGUGUGACAUUUGAGAUUUUAAGUCAGAUGUUCAAUUUGAUUUGCUUUUAGUGGUACCCUGUGAAAAUUGAUGAUCAUGAUGAUAAAUGCCUGCAUGAGUAGGGAACGUUUAGAAAAGGACAUUUUUUGAUUGUCCUCAACGUACAUGUGCACUUCACUGUUUUAACGGCCUUAGCGAAUGCAUGUUUCAACACCAAAAAUGCACCUGAGGUUAAAAGAAAAGUGUGAGAUAAUUGUGCAAGGAGAACUGAAGUAACAUCAUGUAUUGGUAAACUCUCCAACACUGGUUACACAUGGUUUUAAUUCACAGAUAUGUGGGUAUUCAGUAAUAUAGUGUAGAAUAUUUUUCACAUUCCUAAUCGCUGUAUCAAGGACUAUUUCUUUGAAAGACGUAGUAGAUGCCUUAUUGUCAGUCUCUUUUAAGUGAGUAUAUUAUAGCCAUACAUGCAGACAGGAAGACGAGGAAAGCAUUUCAAAAUCAAAUGUAAAUGAGUGACAGUUGUGUGUUUGGAUGAUGAUGAUGGCAAACUGUAAAGGAAAACGUAGUACAAGUAAAUUCAGGUCUUUGAUCUUAGUUUAAUUUUAUUUUUUUAAUGAAAAUGCAUAUCAAAAUUCGAGCACUCGAAAUGUAUAUGCUGGUCAACAUUCAGAAAGUCUGCAAAUGACAGUCUGCACAGCGGUGCAUUAUCUUGAAUAGAAACACAGCUUUGCUACUACUGUCACGCUUUGAAUGAGCAGCCCACUCACUUUCUUUUCUUAGCUUUUUAUAAUACAGUGUACUGUGAAGCUCUUUUAACAUUUGUACAAAUUGUAUACCUAUGUACCUUCAGUCAUAUUGUAAUAUUAACAAAUAACCAAUGAAUGUUAUAUACCAGUAGCAUGAGUUUCACUUCUUUUUGUAUUCUUCAAGCUGUUAAUAGUAUGGUUACAAAAUCAUGUCUAUAUUUCAUUUAAAUAAAGCUAGCGUAAAUCAA